AUGGCGUCUGUCUGGGCUAAAUUCCACGUUAACCUGCAAGUCUUUUGUGUUUUCUUCCUCCUGGUGCUAUGUCUACCACCGGGAGGAGGACAAAAGAAGAAAGAGAACCUGCUGUCGGAGAAGGUUGACCAGAUGAUGGAGUGGUCCUCCCGCCGGUCAGUCAUCCGAAUGAAUGGGGACAAAUUCCGCCGUUUUGUCAAGGCUCCGCCCAGGAACUACUCUGUCAUCGUCAUGUUCACUGCUCUGCAGCCUCAAAGGCAGUGUUCUGUCUGCAGACAGGCAAAUGAGGAGUAUCAGGUCCUGGCAAACUCCUGGCGUUAUUCAUCUGCAUUUUCCAACAAGCUCUUCUUCACUGUGGUCGACUAUGAUGAGGGAGCCGAUGUCUUCCAACAGCUGAACAUGAAUAGUGCCCCAACCUUCAUGCAUUUCCCGGCAAAGGGGAAGCCAAAGAGAGCUGAUACAUUUGACCUGCAAAGGAUUGGAUUCGCCUCAGAGCAACUGGCCAAAUGGAUUGCUGACCGCACAGAUGUUCAGAUCCGUGUCUUCCGUCCUCCUAAUUAUUCAGGGACCAUCGCUUUGGCUCUUUUAGUGUCUCUGGUUGGAGGUCUGCUAUACCUGAGGAGAAACAAUUUAGAAUUCAUUUAUAACAAGACUGGGUGGGCCAUGGCUGCGUUGUGUGUAGUGUUUGCAAUGACAUCUGGUCAGAUGUGGAAUCACAUCAGAGGUCCUCCCUACGCCCACAAAAACCCACAGAAUGGACAAGUGAGUUAUAUCCAUGGCAGCAGCCAGGCUCAGUUUGUUGCUGAAUCUCACAUCAUCCUUCUUCUGAAUGCAGCAAUUACCAUGGGGAUGGUUCUACUCAAUGAAGCUGCAACCUCCAAGGGGGACGUUGGCAAGAGGAGAAUUAUCUGUCUGGUUGGUCUUGGACUGGUGGUGUUUUUCUUCAGUUUCCUGCUUUCCAUCUUCAGGUCCAAGUACCAUGGAUAUCCCUACAGCUUCCUCAUCAAGUGAAAGAAAAGACGAAGUCCAAAGACUGAGAAAAGGCAAAAGAAGACUCAAGAAAACCUUCAAAAAACUUUGCAGAACUGCCACUGUUCAAUCUGCGUGGUGGGCUUUUUUUUGUGUGUGUGUGUGUUGCUUUCUAUUGUGCAUCAUCAAAUAUUCAACUUGAAUCGGCUUUUUUUUCUUUGUACACUGGAAAAUAAAGGUAUCUGGCAAUUCACUGUAUAACA